CUUCAAGCCUCAUUCUUAUUUCACUUCCCUCUUACCCUUUAAGGUAUCUUUGUACCUUAAACAUCCACAAUGGCUGCGUGAUUCUCCUGAAAAGUGUCCGCGGUUUCGCCGAAGAAUCAACCUUCCACCUCUGUAAACUUGAAAUACCCAAGAACGGGCGCGCGUGGGGGAACUUGAAAGAAUCCUUUAUCAAGGUACAACUGUAGGACUGAGAUAGACUGACACAGCAUCGUCAUCUUCUGUUACUUGCAUGAUUUCAUAGAAUGUCCGUCCUUACGCAAUCUUCCCAGCUUGCAGAGCUUGGUGUCAUUGGCGCACCAAGAACAUUUGAUCACGUCAAAGCACGAGGCAGCGAUCAAAAGCAGUCCCAUCCCGGGGUUUCGGACUGGACUCCCUCAUUCCAUAUCAAGGCCCCCCAGGGGUGGCUCAAUGAUCCCUGUGGCCUCGGAUACGAUCCGUCAACUGGUUUAUAUCAUAUAGCAUUCCAAUGGAACCCGAAAGGGAAUGAUUGGGGCAAUAUCUCCUGGGGCUACGCGACAUCAAAAGAUUUUGUUACCUGGAAAUUAUCUCCGUCCCCAUGCCUGGUUCCAUCGACUGUGUAUGACCAGUGUGGAAUUUUCACGGGUUGCCUUCGAGCCACUGAUCCUCACGGCAAACCGGGCGCCCUUACACACAUCUACACCUCAGUCUCGCACCUCCCGAUUCACUAUACUCUGCCCUAUGUCAAGGGCUGCGAGUCUCUCAGUAUAGCUGUCUCCCGGGAUGGCGUUACCUGGGAACGGCAAAAUUGCAACCCCAUUCUCCCUGGACCUCCCUCAAAUGUCGAUGUGACUGGUUGGAGAGAUCCAUAUGUUGGCACAUGGGCUACAAUGCAGACAAAGGAUGGGGUUGCUCCAUCACAGAUUUAUGGCUUUCUCUCUGGGGGUAUCAAGAAUAGAACUCCAACGGUCUUUGCGUACGCUGUCGACCCUAAUGAUCUCCGGGAAUGGAAGUAUAUCGGGCAUUUAGCCGACGUGGGCCUCAACUUCUACCCAUCCCGGUGGUCCGGUGACUUUGGUGUGAACUGGGAGGUUGCCAGCGUCCUGACCCUCUCUGAUGACCAAGGCGUUUCCCGUGAUUUCGCCAUUAUGGGAAGUGAAGGGUGUGUCCACUUUGAUGACAUUCCACGUCAAACUGGCCGGAAAAUGGCAAUUGAUAAGAGAACAUCACGACAACAACUAUGGAUGUCCUUGACACUCCGUCCAAAAAUGGAGAUGCAGGAUGAAUCUGAAGCCCUUGCAAAAUAUUCCUUCGCCGGCGUAUUCGACCACGGCUGCUUCUACGCGGCUAACGCGUUCUUUGACCCCAACACCUCGCUGAAUACUGUAUUCGGUUGGAUCACCGAGGAGGAUCUGCCUGACCAUCUGCGACAUGUCCAAGGGUGGAGUGGGAUGUUAUCUACACCGCGUGUGGUACGCAUGAUGACGCUCGGUAAUGUUAUCAGGGCUCGUCACUCAGAUCUUAAAGCAAUAACUUCCAUUGAGGCGGAAUUGAACACAAAAGGCUCUUACACUGUUCGGACCUUAGGUGUACAGCCGGAUCAGCGUCUCAUGAAAUUGCGUAACAAGGCACGCAAUACUGAAAUACGCGAUCUCAAACUAUACCACGACGCGACAGUGCCCCUCCAGACAUCCAAAUGGGAGGUCAAAGCUGAGUUCGCUGUCAACCAGCAAUGCACACGUGUUGGAUUUGCGGUUGCGCACAACGCUGAUUUCAGCAGUGAAACCAUCAUUUCCUGGGAAGUGCCCAGCGAAACCUUCACCGUCGAACGGCCAACCCCCUAUGACUCCAAGAUAAACCACGGACUCGAGGCCGCCCCACAUACACUCUUCACAAUUUCAGAUGAACAUAGCAAUGAGAUGGAAGAGCCACUCCGUAUCCAUGCGAUCUUCGACAUGAGCGUGUUGGAAGUCUUUGUCAAUGAGCGAACGGCCAUUAGUACCAGAGUAUACACUCCAGUUAAUCGCUGCUUUGGGGUGAGAUUCCUUGCCCAGGCAGAUCAAGCAUCUGACAGCUCGUUUAAUGAUGAUCCUGCUGCGGUCCUGUUACAUGCCAAUGUGUGGGAUGGCCUUGGAGCAUAGCAAGUUUCCCUCGGGUUUCAUAUUGUCAAUAAAAGUCAGUGCGUGGGUUCUUCUAGAGUCUGGACACUGCUUUUGGUCUAACUUAUAAACUAUGAUAGAUAUGUAAUGGCCGGACUGUUCUGUGCUGCUUGGUUGGUAAAUCUUAUGCGGAAUAAGCCGCUAUUUAAUGAAUGUCCAAUCGAAAUACACUAUCACUGUAUCACCUAUGAAUAAAUAUCGGCCUCUCCAUACAAUAUACUUCUCUAGGAUUAGUUUCAAAAGCAUUGCUCUUUUCCAUGUAACCCUAAGAUUUCCUAUUCUAAGGUUUCCUUGCAUGCUCCAUU